AUGAAUGAACAACAAUCAAUCAAGUCAUUCGAUAGUAGCAGCUCGUCCAUAGGUGACGAGAGUCAAGCACCGGAACAAUACGUCCCCAAGGAGUAUACUGCUGAUGGAGAGGCAAAUUCUAGGGGUAACCAAUUAAAUCUAACGAGAACAGAAACGGCAAAGACAUUACAAGACAUGGGGAUGACCUCAGAAGCUCCCCUUCCAGAUAUUAAUGCACCCCAAGGUUCUAAGAAGCCUGCCAUCUUCCCAGAAGAAUAUACAAUGGAAACUCCAACAGGGUUGGUCCCAGUCGUAACGUUACAAUCCAUUGGUAGGAAUUCAAGUGCCAUCUCGCGUACAAGAACAAGACAAAUUGAAGGAUCUAAUUUUGAAAAUGAAGAAGGUGAAGGCGAAUCACCUUCUUCGCAAAGUUUCCUACAUAAAUUAAGAACCACACAAACACAACAUUCUGUUUCGACACAGACCGGAGAAGACGAACCAGAUAAUCAUCUGGAUCCAGAAAUUGAAUUCGUUACUUUUGUCACAAACGAUCCAGCAAACCCACAUAAUUGGCCCCUUUGGAUUCGUUGGACAUAUACUAUCUUACUUUCCACUCUGGUCAUUUGUGUCGCUUACGGGUCUGCUUGUGUCACUGGUGGUUUUGGUACAAUCGAAAAGAAGUUUCAUGUAUCAUUAGAAGCUGCCAUUUUAUCAUGUUCUUUAAUGGUGAUUGGGUUUUCCGUGGGACCUUUACUUUGGUCCCCCGUUAGUGAUCUUUAUGGGAGAAGAGUUGCAUAUUUUUUUUCCAUGGGCCUUUAUGUCAUUUUCAAUAUUCCAUGUGCUAUAGCUCCAAAUUUAGGGUGUUUACUAGCAUGCAGAUUUUUAUGCGGUGUUUGGUCCUCUUCGGGACUUUGUCUAGUCGGUGGGUCUAUCGCUGAUAUGUUUCCUAGUGAAACAAGAGGUAAGGCUAUUGCUUUCUUUGCAUAUUCCCCUUACUGUGGUCCUGUUUUUGGUCCAUUGGUCAAUGGGUUUAUUAGUGUUUCUACAGGGAGAAUGGAUUUAAUCUUUUGGGUUAAUAUGGCUUUUGCCGGUGUCAUGUGGAUAAUCUCCUCUGCAAUUCCAGAAACUUAUGCCCCAGUGAUCUUAAAACGUCGUGCUGCUAAAUUGAGAAAGGAAACUGGUAAUCCUAAGAUUAUGACUGAACAAGAAGCCCAGGGGAUCACUUUUAAUGAAAUGAUGAGUGCAUGUGUCAUCAGACCAUUAAAAUUUUCAAUUACCGAACCAGUUCUAUUCAUGACAUGUUUCUACGUCUGUUUAAUUUACUCUCUAUUAUACGCUUUCUUCUUCGCAUACCCUGUCAUUUUUGGUGAAUUGUACGGUUAUAAAGAUAAUAUGAUUGGAUUAAUGUUUAUUCCUAUUUUAAUUGGUGCCUCUUUUGCGGUGUUAACCACUUUUUGGUGUGAAAGUCAAUAUCUAAAAUUAGUUAAAACACGUAAACCAACUCCAGAAGAUCGUCUUUUAGGUGCCAAGAUUGGUGCUCCUUUUGCUGCUAUUGCAUUAUGGAUGUUAGGUGCCACUACAUACAAUCAUCGUAUGUGGUUGGCUCCUGCAUCUUCAGGUAUGCCAUUCGGUUUCGGUAUGGUUUUAAUUUAUUAUUCACUAAACAAUUACAUUAUUGAUUGUUAUGUGCAAUAUGCAUCUUCAGCAUUGGCUACUAAGGUUUUCUUAAGAUCAGCCGGUGGUGCCGCAUUCCCAUUAUUUACUACUCAAAUGUAUCACAAGCUAGGUUUACAUUGGGCUUCAUGGUUAUUGGCUUUCAUUUGUACUGCUAUGAUCGCACUACCAUUUGCAUUUUCAUAUUAUGGGAAAGAGUUAAGACAUAAGUUGUCUAAAUUCGAUUAUUCAAUUGACGCAAUUGAAGAUUAG